UGCAUGAGGAAGGAUUUUUACACCAUAACAAUAACUUAUUAGUUAUUAGUUAGUCUAAGUUUUUUUUUAUUGAUGCAUAUUUUAAUGGAAAUAAAGUAAGGCUAAACUAAAUGGAUAUUGGCAUUAGGUUGUUUUUACAGCAGUGCUCACGCAUGCUGUUGAGGCCUGUGUUACCUGCACAAGCCUGCACUAGUAGUAGAGCUAACAGCUACCAGCUCUCAGCUGCAGCAGCUUCAUAGUAGGCAGGAGAGGAUCAGUCUUUUGUUUUGGAGGAAUGUGCCUCGUGCUGUGUUGUGUAACCAGCUGUCUUGUGGACAAGAGAAGGUGAGGAUGUUUGAUUCUUGUUCAUUUUAAGCCACAGUUGCUUUUCAUGCCAGUGGAAGCUGCGUGUCGGGAGUGGCCAUGCCCCCUCGUUGAGGUGCAUGCUUCACACACAUGAUAGUAAUGAGCACAGGUGGUGGGGAUGAGGACAGAACAUUUGAGCAGUUAGAGUGGUGUUUGUGUGCUGAAAACAGCUAAAAACAAAAUAACCAAAUCUUAUGUGAUUAAAAAAGUAAGCUAACCGUGUUUCCACAGAGGUUUUUGGCUGUUAUCGUUAUUAUGAAGGUGUAAAGUACAAUAGUGAGGAGAAACAAAGCUGUGGUAUAGUAACUGGUGCAGUGUGUGCCAUUUAAAAAUGCUGUUUAAUGUUCAUGUCGAUUAUUUAACUAUUCCAUAGCUAAAAGCAAGGAUGAAAUGUCAGCAGGUUUUAUUUCUAUUUCAUAUUUUUCCCUGAGACUGGGUUCUGUGUAUGAUAGAGACUCACAGCACUCACGUUGUCUAACAUAGUCUUUCUAAAUUAACAUUUUGCAUCUGGUAGAAAACAGGUUGAGCAGUUUAUUAUUUCAGGUUGUUAUUUGAAUUAAUACAAAAUGAUGAAAAACUAAUCACAUGUCAGAAGCACUGAUGUGAUAACAUCCUAAACCACUGUCCUUGUAAAUGUCAUAAAGGACCUUGGAUCAGAAAUCUGAACCCAGGAGUGUGCUAUCGCACAAUAGUCAAGUCAUGCUGAUGCUGCUGUAAAUAUAAUUGAACGUUAAUGUAAAGUUAUAUAUGUAGGUUAAGUUCUUGUUUGAAGAAGCAGGACAAGGUAAGUGAGUGAGGAGGAGAUAUAGAGACUGAGGAUGAUCAUUUAAGCAGAUGAAAGACUGUAUUGAUUUGUGUGUUUGUUCCUUCUGGGUGAUAAUGAUGGGACAUCAAUCCCACAGAGGUUCAAUGCAGCUGAUGUAGUUAUAGAAUCUCUGUACACUGAGAUUAUGUUACAUUAAAUGGUAGAGAGGUAAGUCUGUGGUCCAACACAGCUCUACACUAGAACAGACAUCAUCCUCCUGUUUAUAUUUAGUUCAUGUGCAGCCUAUUUCUAUUGUAGAAAUGGGUUUCUACCUUUUAAUGGGCAUAUGUAAAGAAAUUAAUUUCGGUAAAGCAUUAAGUCCUUUUGUAUUAAAUUUAAACUUGAAUGUUGAUUUAUCAGCUCAGAAUAUGGCUUCUGCUCAGAUGCCACAUGUACAUUACUAGACUUCUAGUACAUAAUAAUCAUAACAACAAUCUUCUUUUUAUUAUGUUACUCUGGCUUUUGACACUGGCCAGUGAAUCAUGCAGAGGCGAAGGCGCAUUAAUCUCCAGAAAUCUGGAGGGAUGUCAUCAGAUGUCCAACAUGGUGAGGUACCAUCCACAUCAAAGCUUUCUACAAGAACUCAAAAGAGGUCAACACAUAAGGCCCAAAAAAAGAUGCCUGCAGGGACAUCAGCUGGUCGUCUUGAAUGCUUUAUUAAGAUGACGACCGAAAGAGGCCAGAUUGAGAUGACUGCAAGCAACCUGAACCAGUCAAGUCCAGUGCUUGAUCCACUCACAAGGAUUGGACAGUGUCCGAAACAUCGCCUAGUGUGCGCAACAAUAGGCUCCUUGGACAAGUGCGUUCAGUGUGUGAGACCUGUAUCCUCCUUCAAGUGGCUUCAAUGCGAAGAGGAAAUUGCAUUGAGUGACACUGAGACCAAGGACAGUGAAGGCGAGUCAGAUGACAGUGACACAGCCGUCACAGCCUCAGAGGCUGGAAAUGCUGGUUGUGCAUUAGCUUCUACACUCACAAAACAGGUCCAGGAAACUGCAGAUUUUGCAGGAACUGUGACGUCCACAGUAGAUGAGGCUUUUUGUCCGUCUGAAGGCAAAACUCAUCAAGAACACGAUUCCAGAAAAGUGAAAAAGAAGAUCUGGUCCAAGGCUGAGGUGGCUGCAGUAAUGCGGCACUUCAAAAGUCACAUAAUCAAAGGAAGACUAGCCACAAAAUAUGAAUGCAGUCACUGCAAGAUGGUCGAAGGCUCCGUGCUAGCACAACGAACAGUGCAAAAUAUAAGGGACUUUGUCAGAAACCGGGGAAUAACUGCAAAGAGGCAGACAGAGCAGCAAAAGCUGUAAAUCCACUGACUUGUGUUCAUUUGUUUUUGUUUGCAUUGUGGUUUGGCUGAUGCCUUAACGUUUUAAAAGGCCAUUUGUUUCUAAAAAUGUGUUAUUGCAAAAUGGAUACAUGUAAUACUUCAUCAGAAAAGCUAAUGGAAGUUCAUAAUGGACGUGUGUUUUGUUUGUAGCGUGUGUGGCUGCUAAUAAAAAAAAACUCCAGUUC